AAGAAACACAGAAGUGAAUCGGGCAGGAUUAAUCUCUUAAAUCAUCUUUAAAUAGAAGUUCCUGAGGCUCUUCAACAAAACACAAUGGAACUAGGGACUUUUCUGCUGUUGCUACUUUUGGGGCCCAUGCAAGGGGUGUUCACUCAAGUGCCUAUAACUGCACUUACUGAAAGAACAGUUGUGGAGGAAGAUCAAGGUAGCGGUCUGUUAGAGGUGGAAAAGGAAGAUGAGUUGGCAGACACAUACUGGUCUGGGACAGCCCCCCUUUGUUUUGGAGGUUGUAAGGGCAGACACGGGGAGCUGAAGAGAGAUAGAUGUGGAGACUCGGAGUGCUGCUGGGUUGGAUACAAAUCCCUCUGUAGAGUGAAUUGUGGAAAGCCUGAUGUGGACUUUAACGGGGUGGUGUCUGGGAAUGAUUGGUGGGUAGGUUCUGUGGUGCGGUAUGACUGCAGGCCGGGGUUCGUUUUGGUGGGGGAUCCUGCCCGAGCCUGCCAGUCCAAUGGAAAAUGGACCCCCAAACCAUCAUGCCUUAGAGUGUGUCAUCAUGGCCGGGUGGAGAUCAAUGAGAAAGACAUUGACGGGACGUGCUCAUCCACCUGUCCAGAUUCUAAGAGCUAUGCAAUCCCUCUGAACCAUGACUGCAGUCGCAUUGAGAAUUGCAGGACUAAAGAAUCAGGCUGGAAGCAUUGGUUUACACAGUGUAACUACUGCGACUGUGACUGCUUUAUUCCCUGUGGAACUAGAGUGAAAUAGAUUGCUGCUAGUUGAAACAUUAUAGUGGCAUCUAAUGCAGUAACUCAAUGUAGCGAAAUCUUAUAUUUUUAACAUUAGAAAUACAAAUAUUUACAGAAAUGGGCUUUGUCAAAUGUUUGUGUCUUUUCUCAGCUUCUGCAGGAUAGAAGACUGUGAAUAAAUGUUCAUUUUUAUCAUUUUCGAUGAAGACAUUUGUCCACAAGAUUUAUGGAAACCACCUUCAGAUAUAACUAUUAUUUGAUGGUAAAUAAAGAAGGUUGAGGUGCAACCUUAGCAGAUUUUUUUUUUUUUUUAAACUGAAGAUAAAGACAUUUCAUACUCAUCAGAUUUAAUAUCACUAGAAUUGGAGGCUGGAGACCUUUAUGUUAAUCACUGACUACAAAACCUAGAUACUGAAAUGUUGCUGUUUUUCUGGUCUCUUAUCUGUGUUUAGUACAGAGUUGAAUCUUGUUAUUCUGCUAGCAUAAGCCAGGUGAGGAAGGAACUCUGUGAGCAUUGGAUAUUUGGUGACACUUUACAAUGAGGUAUCAUGACCAAACAAUGAACAAUAGUUUUCGUACAGCAUUUAUUAAACUUUGAAAAUGUUAUUUAAUAAAAAAAAUCCAGUGUUCCAUUGUUAGUUCAUGUUAGUACACAGUGCAUUAACUAAUGUUAACAAAUAUAACUUUUGAUUUAAAAAUGUAUUAGUAUAUAUUUAACUUAACAUUAAUCAAUAUUAAUAAAUGUUGUAA